AUGCGUUUCAUAGCCCCGCAGGCUGAGUGUGCCCAGCGCCAGCAGGCCCACGGGACAAACGUGCUGGCCCAGAGGCCCCUGGACCCCACUGUGCUGCGGGGAGCAGACUCACUGCCAUCCCUGGGUGGGGGCUUGGCCAGCCCACCUUUGUGCGAAUCAGAACGGGACCCCCGCUGGGGUCCUGGGCCCGCGCCCGCAGAGCAUGGGGCCCUGCGUGUCCCCGCGUGGACCGUGCUCUUCCAGGGCGAGAGGGCCGGCCUGACGUACCGCGUGCCCUCACUGCUGCCCGUGCCCCCCGGGCCCACCCUGCUGGCCUUCGCGGAGCAGCGGCUGAGCCCCGACGACGCCCACGCCCACCGCCUGAUGCAGAGGACCGGCAUGCUGGCUGGGGGCUCCGUGCGGUGUGGCACCACGGGCGUGCUGGGGACAGCGGUCCUGGACGAGCACCGCUCCAGGGACCCCUGCCCGGUGCACGUCGCGCGCACGGCCAGCUUACUCUUCAUCGCCGUGCGCGGCCGCACCCGCGAGGCCGCGCAGAUCGCUGCGGGCGAGAACGCCGCGCACCUCUGCGGCGUGACCAGCCGGGACGCGGGGCGCAGCUGGGGUGGCGCGCGGGACCUCACGGCGGAGGCGGUGGGCGGCGCCGAGCAGGACUGGGCCACGUUUGCCGUCGGCUCCAGCCAUGGCAUCCGGCUGUGCUCGGGCCGCCUGCUGGUGCCGGCCUACAUGUACCACGUGGACCGGCGAGAGUGCUUUGGUGAGAUCUGCGGGACUGGCCCCCACUCCUUCCGCACCUGGCACCAUGGGGGCCUCGUGCCCAACCUGCGCUCGGGCGAGGGCCAGUUGGCGGUGGGGGACAGGGGGCAGGCUGGUGGCAUCCUCUACUGCAGUGCCUGGAGCCCUCUGGGCAGCCACAUGCAGGUGCUCAGUGUAGACGAGGGCGCCUCCUUCCUGCCUGGGGAGCUGGUGCUCGCCCUGGCUGGGGCCGCCGGGGGCUGCCAGGGCAGCAUUGUGGGCUUUCCGGCCCCGCCCUCCAGCAGGCCGGAGAAUGAGGGGUGCACCAUGGGUACCAGGAACACCCUCCACCCUCCACACCUCUGCCCUGGGCCCCAGGAACCCCCAGAGAAGGAGGGUGCUGGAGAUACCCGAGGGGGCGGGGGGCUGGGUGGGACGGAGGGAUGUGGGGAUGGCUCCGGUGAGCCCGGCCCAGGGCCUGGGCUUGGGGGGAACAGGGGGACCUGGACCCCCGAGCUCCCGGUCCCCUCGGCCUUGUCUCAGAGCCCCACAUGGCUGCUGUAUUCCCACCUGGUGGGGCGCAGGGCACAGCUGCACAUGGGCAUCUGCCUGAGCCGGUCGCCCCUGGACCCCCACAGCUGCCCGGAGCCCUGGGCGAUCCACGAGGGCCCCAGUGGCUACUCUGACCUGGCGUCCAUCAGGCCCACCCCCGAGAGAGCCCUGACCUUCGCCUGUCUGUACGCGAGUGGGACCGGGGUCUCCUAUGAGGAGAUCUCCUUCUGCAUGUUCUCCCUGCAGGAGGUCCUGGGGAACGUUGGGGCGGGCACUGGGCAUCCCAGCCUUGGGGACAAGCCUCUGGGGCGCUGCUGGCCCUUCUGAUGGGCCUCUGGCCAGGCCUGGCCCCGGGUGCCCAGGAGGAGCGGGGAGGGGAGCAGGGGUGGAGGAUGCUGGGAGGUGGCGGGGUGGGGGCGUCUGUGACCCCAGGCCUGUACGGGGCUCCAUCCUGGAGAGGCGCCUUUGCUCCUUGGCUUCUCCAAGGAGGUUCGUGAGGGUGAGUGUUUGUGUGGGACCUCAUUGAAUUUCACAGAAGCUCAGUUGUAACAGUCUCCAAGCAGGGCUGGUCUUUAGGAAGGAGGUGUACAGCCGGAAGGGAAGGUGGCCUGGAUGGUCCAGGGUGGACGGGCGGCUGGCCCUGCAUGGCCCACCCUGCCCCCUCCCAAGGCCGACAGCAGGGGCUGGGGCGUGUGGCGGUGGGAGCGUGGCACCGGGAUCCUUUGCUUAGCCCGCGGUGCUUGGUCGCCUGUACCAUUUUCCUCUUUCCUCUUGCUCUGCUGGCUUUUUUCUGGCUUAUGAACAAGAAAUAAAGGGAUCCUGCGUGUCUGUCCAGGGCUGUCUCUCCUCAGUUCUUUCCACGUCGAAGCCUGGGGAGGGUCCCCAGUGCUCUAGCCACAUCACUGUGGGGUCUGCCCCCCUUAGCUAGACUCUCCAGUGCUGGGGGCUGCCAGCCAUGGGGCAGGGGGACAGGCAAAGCCUUCUCUGCGCAGCAGCCCCAGAUGUGCCUGGUCUGCACUGCCGGCCGGCGGGGCCGGUGGGGAGCGCGGUGGCUGCCCCUCCCUGGAUGGGUCACCUCCCAGGACCGGCCCUCUGUGCCCUCGUGGAAGCACCUUCUUAUUUCCUCUUCUUUGUAACAUCUUCUUUCUGGUUAUAAAAAUAAAAUGUGUUCAUUGUAGAAAAUUUGGGAAAUGUAUAAAACUAUAAAGAAAAAAGUGACCCACACAUAUCCUUCUGCCCACCACAAAUAUGAUGAUCUUUUUGGCAUUUCUUUCUGAUUCCUUGAAGAAAUUCUUUUUAAAAACAUAUGACUUCAUUUUAGCACGUUAUCACCCUCCCCAGCAGCUCUGUUGACGGCCCCGGUGCUCCAUGAUGAGGACCCUGCAGGGCGACCUUCUGGGGCUGGUCAGUCUCCCCAGGUGCUGGUCAUGCGGGAUGAGCAUCUCUGGGGUGUCCCUGGAUGGCCCCAGUUUCUAUCACCUCCUUAGCCUGGAUUCCGGAACAGCAUGACAUCUUACACGGUCUUCCCCAAGGGUGGGGACGUGCAGGAAGGCUCUGAGCAGUGGAGGCCCAAGGGUCCCCAGGGAACUCAGAACAGCCAGUCCCCUGGGAGCUGGGAGACCACCCCCCCCCCUUAUUGCUCUCCUUCACUGUCAGCCGUCCCUGCAGGGGUGGCCACCUUUCAGGGGUCACCACUGGGCUCCAGGCACCCCCCCCCCCACCUCCAGGCCGCCUCAGUCCCCCGUAAGGACAGCCCUUCUACCUGGGGCUUUUGGGCAGUGGCUUGAGUCCGCUCUUCUGUUUUCAGGUUUAAGCCACAGAAACCAGCAAAGACGGGCAGGUGGGGCUUUCCAGAGGCCCAGAGGUCACAGGUGUGUACGGCAGUGUCCUGUGCUCACUUCCAGACUGGAUGAUUAUUGUGCCCUGAAUUCCACCUGGAACCUCAGAUUGUGACCUGUUUGGAAGUAGGGUCUUUGCAGAUGUAAUUAAGGUUAGGAUUGAGAGGAGACCAUCCUGGGUUAGGCUGGGUUCUAAGUCAGGCAGGAGUGAGUGUCCUUAUAAGAGAAAAGGGCCGUCAGGGAGAAGUCAUGUGAAGAUGGAAUCCGGGACUGGAGGGACGUGCCCACAGGCCCACGGACACCUGGAGCCCCCAGAAGGGAAGAGGCAGGAGGACCCUCCCUGGAUCCUGGGGAGGAAGCGCGGCCCUGGGACUCCUUGACGUGGGGCUUCUGGCUCCAGAACUGGGAGGGGACAGACACCUGUUACUCAGGCUGCCCUGUUUGUGGAACUUCGGGAAAGCGCUGCUGGCCCACCCGGGGGAGGGCCAGCGCCAGCCAGGGCAGGUCCCGGCUGUCCGUGUGUGGGGACUGUGACAGCGGCUGGAGUCCUGGCAGGCACGGCAGGCAGGCGCCAGCCUCUCACUCCUGCACCUGCACCCUGGGCAGGCUCCUCCCACCACGGGGCUCCCAGCGGGCCGGGCGAGUCCCCGCCAUCGAGCAGCCCACGCAGGCCAGCCGUGGAGUGAGGUCUCCGAAGCGGGCAGAGCCGGCCUUCGGUGACUGGGUCCAUCCCAGAACUGUGGCUUCCGCGGGGCCCCAUCCUGGUUCCUCGUGGUCUAGGCCGCGGCUGAGGGCUCUGGGUUAGGGCUUCCCCAGGUGUGACCCACCCCCAGGCAGGGAGGGAGGCUGCGGGGAGAGUCCCUGGGCUCAGGGCAGCUCGGGCCCCCUCCUAAAACCGUCCUCACCCACCCCCGAGGCCUGUCGCCACCUGCACCUGCUCUGGCUGGUCCCCGAGGGCGCAGGGCACCUGGUGCUUGCUGCUGUGGGGGCAGCUGAGCUAGGGAAGGCCCUCCCCGCUCUCUGGGGCUGGAACCAGCUGCUGGCCUGCAGGGGUCAACCUUGCUGGGGCCUGUGGCCCUGGCUUCCCUGGUCCUGGGUGACUGUACCUCGAGCAGUGCCCCACUGUCCAGCCUCCGGGGCCACUGGUCCUCAGGUGCGGCCCAGCCUGACCCACAGGAGCCGCUCCUCUGCCCCCUCCUCCCACUGCCCCACAGGCUGAUCUGACCCCCCAGGCCCUCUGGGAUGGCCCUGGGCUCUCCCAGCCUCCUCCUUCCUUCCUCGGGUCCAACGUGAUGGACCAGCCCCUGGGCAUUUCCCCAGCCUCUGCCGUGCGCCUGUGGUGCUUUCCCCAGGCCGGGUCGGGCCUUGCUGGGGGUUCUAACAAUAAUAAUUAUUACUAUUAUUGCACUGCAAACAGUCUAGUGCAGACUGCCCGUUGCGUUGUAUCCUCUCCAAUGCUGUUCCUUUUGUUUCCUUUCCUUGUUUUACUGGACUGGCAGGACCUCCAAGGAAAUGUGAAACAGACGUGAUGUCUGGUAGACAGAAUACAGGCUCCCGAAAGUGUCGGCGUCCUAACCCCCGGAACCUGUGAGUGUGUGAUCUUCGUGAGAAAGGGACCUCGCAGCCGUGAUUAAGUUAAGGGUCUUGUGAUGGUGGAUCGUCCUGGGUUAUCUGGGUGGGCUGGCACUUAGAAGAGGGACAGAGGGUCAGAGGGGAGAGCCGGUGUUACGAUGCUGGGCUUGAGGAUGGGUGAGGGGCCUGGAACCAAGGGAUGCAGUGACCCCUGGAAUCUGGAAAAAGCAGCGAGCGGAUUCUCCCCCGGGGCCUCCAAAAGGAACCGGCCCCGUGGACACCGUGACUUUAGCACAGUGAGACCCGUUUCAGAGCUGAAGGGGGAUGAGUUUGUGCUGCUGUCAGCAAGUUAGUUCCAGUGGCCACGGGAGACGCCAACAGGCGACACUGGCUGCCUAAUCCCGUUCCAGGGUUUCUGGGACCCGCGUUCCUGAACGCUACCGUUCUCACUGGAUGCUUCUUACUCUCUUCCGUGUGUUUUUCAUCAUUUUCUGUCUCUGUGCUUCACUCUUAGACUUUUCUUCCAGCUCACUAAUUCUGUCUUUGCUGUGACUGAUUGGCUGCAGUCAUCGCCUCCCUCCUCUGUCUCUGUCUGUCUCUGUCUGUCUUUAUGUCUCUCUGUCUGUCUAGCUUUCCCUCCCUCCCUCCCUCCCCCCAUGUCUCUCUGUCUCUGUCUCUGUUUUUCUGUCUGUCUAUCUGGCUUUUCCUCCCUCCCUCCCUCCCCCAUGUCUCUCUGUCUCUGUCUCUCUGGGUCUCCCUCCCUCCCUCCUCCGCGCUGUCUCUCUCCUCCGUCCCUCUCUCUGCUUCAGUACUGUGCUCCGUUUCUGUGUGUGCGCAGAGGGGAAAGGACAAAAUACUUAACAGAAGGUCUCCUGUGUGUCACAUGCUUUGUGCACUCCAUUCCCUUUAAUAAGUCAAAGCCCCUGUGAAGCAGGUAUUAUGUCCAUUUCCCAGAUGUGGAAGUUGAGGCUCAGCGGCCUGUGCUGAUCCCACAGUUCGGGGUAGAGACCAACUUGCAGUCCAUUUGGUGGCUCCCGCAUUGAGUCUUUUGAAUGUUUUCCGCUGUGUGUCAUUAAAACAAUUUCAGUGGCCACAA